ACUCUGGACAUACGGCGGGCAUCAUACUGGAAUUUUAAGGAGCUCGAACCGAUUUUGGAAUUAUAGACGCUUUUGUUAAAAAGAGAGAAGAUGCUUCCGAAUAUAAAACACAUACUGUGGUUAUUCUUUCUAUACCACAUAUCGACCGGACUGGUUUCAGGGGCACUAACAGUAAAUCAGCCAGUAAGCGGCGCUCUUUCGGGAAAGGUGGUCCUGCCGUGCCGCUUCUCCACCCUCCCUACAGCAGCCCCCAGCAAUACUUCGACCCCUGCAACAGAUCAUCUGCGCAUUAAAUGGACCAAGUUGGAUGGUGACAAGGAGUCCAUAGUAAUUGUUGCUCAAAACGGUGUCAUUAAAAUUGGGCCAAGCUACAAUAACCGUGUGUCUGUGCCGAGCCAUCCAGAGGUUAUUGGGGAUGCCUCAUUGACUGUUGUGAAACUGCGGGCUAGCGAUGCUGGAACUUAUCGCUGUGAGGUCAUGUAUGGCAUUGAAGACACUCAAGACAUGGUCAACUUGGAUGUCAGUGGUGUUGUAUUCCAUUAUCGGUCCAAGACCAGCAGAUACACCUUGACCUACAAUGAAGCUGUGGAGACCUGCCAAAGUGUCGGGGCUAAAAUUGCCACAGCAGAGCAGCUAAAAGCAGCUUUUGAGGAUGGUUUUGAUCAGUGUGAUGCUGGUUGGAUUGCAGACCAGUCAGUAAGAUACCCUAUAACCAACCCAAGGCAUGGCUGCUCUGGGAACUUGCCUGGGAAACCUGGUGUCCGGUCAUAUGGCCUUCGAAAUCCCACUGAGACGUAUGAUGUGUACUGCUAUGCCGACAAACUUGAGGGUGAUGUAUUUUUUGCACCUACCACAAAUAAGAUGACCUUUGAGGAAGCAAAGUCUGAGUGUGAGCAAAGAAAUGCCAUCUUGGCCUCACCUGGUCAGCUCCACUCUGCCUGGAGAAAAGGUCUAGAUCGCUGUGACUACGGCUGGCUGUCUGACGGAAGUGCCCGCUACCCUGUCUCCAUACCCAGGUCAAAGUGUGGUGGAGGAUUGCUUGGAGUUCGCACCCUGUACCAGUUUCGCAACCAGACAGGCUUUCCUGACCCCAGUAUGAAACUGGGAGCCUACUGUUACAUAGGUUAUGAGUUUCUACUCAACCAGACAACAUGGGUGGAUGUUACAAUUAAGGGUGUCACCGCAACCUCACCUUCUAUAGCCUCUUCAACCACAGACCAGACUCCUCUCCCUGCCUCCUCCCAGAAGCAAAAGGAAUUCAUUUACUCAAAGACCACCAUGGAUGACUCUGAGAACCAGGCCCCGACAGACUCUCCGUUCAUGUUUUCCACCAGCAUGGUCCCGUCAAGAAGUUCUGACUCACAGAGUAGCCAACAUGUAACACCUAUCAGAGAGGAUUUAGAAGUGGAUGACUCAGUAACCACUCUCACAGAUGUUAGGAACGUGUCGGAAAAUCAGGAUUAUGGAGUGCACUUAGUAACCACAACAGCUGGUCAGGCUGUUUCUAAGACUCCAUCAGAGAAAUCAGUAGAUAGCACAAGAACUUCAAUAGGUACAGUUCCACCCGAUGUUUUAAUCUCACCCUCUUCAAAAACAGAGCCAUUGUUGGCAGAGGGGAAAACAGAGAAAACUAUUUUGGAAAACGACAAAAAAGAUGCAACUCCUGAUCUCCUCCACACUACCCUUGAUCUAACAGUCGAACCCACAAAGUUAAUCAGCAAGCCUGUUGAUGUUUCACAGUCUCAUAUGGCAACAGAUCACACGAUUCUGCCGAAUAUCAGCGAUGUUCACCUUACCACUGUAACUGAGAUAAGCCCUACAGAAGAAAUACAAUCCACAGUGUUUCCUGACUAUGAGACUGGUGAAACUGGUGUUAUGGCUGGACCGCCCACACAGACAACCACUGAAGUUUUAGCACCAAGCACCAUUCCAGUUACUACUGAUGCAACUGUCACAUCCCAUCAAACACAGACCGGAACAACUUAUUCUGAUGUUAUCACAUCAGAAGCAUCCACAGUUGCCACAACGAUAAAUCAAACAACUGAUGAACCUGACAUAAUGGCAGAGAUAUCAGAUUCAACUAUGGCAACUGUAGAAGAAUCAAAUACAGGUUCUCCAGAAGUCCAUGAUGAAAAUGUGACAAAAGGCGAGGACACAGAGGACCCAUUGUUGACGCCCUCUGCCACAAAAAGCAGGAAAAAUUGUACAGCUAUCCCAUCUGUUCAAGUGAUCAUCAUUAACAUUCAAGAUCAGAAUGAAACAGUUGACCUGGACCAUCUGAAGUCCCAGUUUUCUUUUAUUCCUGAGGUCCCCAAUGAGCGCAUUCCAUCCCCUGUAGAUGGUGAGCCUGUCUGGGUUAGUAAAGAGUCUACAUCUGAUGAAUCUGCCUCUGCAGCCACCAGCACACCACCACUCAGUUUUAUAAAUGGCAAAUAUGAAGUGAGCCUUGAGCAUAAUACUGAGAAAGAGGCAAGAGGAAAUGUGGUCGAGACUGUGUCCACACUUCAAAACCAAACACUAACGGAUGGAAAGUUAGAAACACCAUCCAAUUUCAAUAACUCACUGGUAGACACUGGUGCAUCACAAGAUUGGUCACCUGAGCCAAGCCAAGAUAUAACCUAUUCAACGCCUAUUUUCCUCAGCACAUUGGAGCCAAAAUAUCCUUAUGACCAAGAAAAAUUAUUUGUAGAGUCUAUUCCUCCAUCUGCUCCAGUGUCAGAUCCUAAAGGUGAAACUAUAAUUGAGGAGGGAAGUUUAAUACCAAAUACUUCAUCUGCUGUCACAAGUGAAAAAAGCUUCUCACCAAGGCCACAUCAGCCAUCUGCAAGUGCAAGAACCAUUUUAGAUGUUGUACAUUCUAAGUCAACGCACACCACUGAGGAACUUUCUCCUCCUACUGAAGAUGGGUCGGGGCAGGAACCAGCUAGUAUUCAAGUAGUACAAGUGACAAGUACAACAUUACAAGCAAUGGAAAGUGUCAAAUUAGACCAAACAAGUAGUAAGAGCCCAUUAGCGCCCUCCCUUAGUGAGACCACAGAUAUAACUUAUUCAUCUUUUACUACAGAAACACCUAUGUCUGCAACACAUCCUUCAGAUUCUAUAUCCAUAUCUGGCACGACUGAAAAACAAGCAGUUACAAAAAUCCCAAUUAUGGUUACAUCUUCACCAGACAAAAAAAACAUUACUUCAUCAAGACCCAUAAUCAUAUCUGAAGAAGGAUCAGGUGGUGAAACUAAAGAUUUCCUUUUAUCAACGACUACAUUACAACAUACUGCUACAGAUAAUCUUGAUACCAUGACACCAGUCCCAGUGAUGUUUCAAACAGAAGAAUCAUUAUUAACACAACCAUCAGAUGUUACUAUUAUCAAUUCCUCAGAAAAAAUAUUCUUUACACAAGAAGAAGACAGUUCAGAUGAGAUAUUAGCUACAACCACUGUAUCUUCAAUAGAGAAAACAAUUGAAGAUGUCCCAUCAGGUACACAGUCUAAACGCUUUGAAUUUUCAGAAGCUGAUGGCUCAGGAGAUCAGCCGCAUACCAUGUCAACCACAGAAUCCUCAAGAGUUUCUCCUCUGCAUAUUACAACCCAUUCUAAACUAAAUAUUACCACAUCAGCUGUGCACACAGUUCAGAAAGUUGAUGAAACAGAGUCGUCAGAGGAAGGUUCAGGUGGCCAGAGUCCUGAUACUCUAACAGGAGAGACCAUUUCAACAACAGUGCCAUCAAAGACAUCUGAAGUGCCUAUUAUUGAUACAUCUACAUUACAACAUACUGUUACAGAUGAUCUUGAUACCAUGACACCAGUCCCAGUGAUGUUUCAAACAGAAGAAUCAUUAUUAACACAACCAUCAGAUGUUACUAUUAUCAAUUCCUCAGAAAAAAUAUUCUUUACACAAGAAGAAGACAGUUCAGAUGAGAUAUUAGCUACAACCACUGUAUCUUCAAUAGAGAAAACAAUUGAAGAUGACCCAUCAGGUACACAGUCUAAACCCUUUGAAUUUUCAGAAGCUGAUGGCUCAGGAGAUCAGCCGCAUACUAUGUCAACCACAGAAUCCUCAAGAGUUUCUCCUCUGCAUAUUACAACCCAUUCUAAACUAAAUAUUACCACAUCAGCUGUGCACACAGUUCAGAAAGUUGAUGAAACAGAGUCGUCAGAGGAAGGUUCAGGUGGCCAGAGUCCUGAUACUCUAACAGGAGAGACCAUUUCAACAACAGUGCCAUCAAAGACAUCUGAAGUGCCUAUUAUUGAUACAUCUACAUUACAACAUACUGUUACAGAUGAUCUUGAUACCAUGACACCAGUCCCAGUGACGUUUCAAACAGAAGAAUCAUUAUUAACACAACCAUCAGAUGUUACUAUUAUCAAUUCCUCAGAAAAAAUAUUCUUCACACAAGAAGAAGACAGUUCAGAUGAGAUAUUAGCUACAACCACUGUAUCUUCAAUAGAGAAAACAAUUGAAGAUGUCCCAUCAGGUACACAGUCUAAACCCUUUGAAUUUUCAGAAGCUGAUGGCUCAGGAGAUCAGCCGCAUACUAUGUCAACCACAGAAUCCUCAAGAGUUUCUCCUCUGCAUAUUACAACCCAUUCUAAUCAAAAUAUUACCACAUCAGCUGUGCACACAGUUCAAAAAGUUGAUGAAACAGAGUUUUUAGAGGAAGGUUCAGGUGGCCAGAGUCCUGAUACUCUAACAGAAGAGACCAUUUCAACAACAUUGCCAUCAAAGACAUCUGAAGUGCCUAUUAUUAAUACAUCUGAAAUGGUCUUGCCCACAGAGAGCCCAAUAAUGCAAACAACUCAUGCAUUUGGUGUUGAUUGCAAUACCCAAGGUUUGCCAAGUACAACAUCAGAGUCAAUAUUGCCCUUCUCAGAUACAGAAGGAUCAGGUACAUUUACAGUUGACGCAAAAGAGUCUAGCUCAGUAGAUUUAAAAACAAUACUAGUGACCACCAAAUUUAACCAAAACACAACUGACCCAACGACUGAAACAAGACAUUUAAAAACAGAGUCACGUAUUACUUCAGCUUCAACUCAAGAAAUACCACAGCCAGAGGGUUCUGGGGAAGAAAGUGGAGAGUUAGAUGAUGUUUUUUCUGGAUCUUCUUCUAAUACAGUUGUUGAGUCUACUCCUCCUUCACACAUUUUACCUACACAGGAAACAGGAACAGUAAAAUCAGAUGGAGUUAUCGGAACAGAGUUGCCAGAACACCCAACUGUUAUGGCGGUAUCAUCAGAUUUUGCUUACUUAACAACAACAUCUCAAAUACCUUACGUACAGAGUAGACAUAGUACUACACAUGUACCAUCAACUCCUGUUGACAUGAAAACAUUAGAGGUCUCAAGCACAGCUCAAGUGAAGGAUCUUGAAGGGUCUGCUGACAAUAUACAAGAAACAACUGAAGCAAGUAAAGAAUAUUCUGUAAGAACUGAUGAGGCAGAAAUUAGCUACACAAGGACCACAUUGGAUUACUCAGAUGUUGAAACAGCUACACCUUCAGGAAAAGCAGAAUCUACCUCACACAUUUCUUCAAGCCCAGCACAAACAGAAUUGUAUUCUCCUCCUUCUUUGGAGACCGGCAGUGGUGACACUGAAACUGAAGGGGGUGAAGAUGAUAGUUCUGGUGAUCCACCUUCUACCAGUGCUUCAAUGGAUCAUGUAAUGAUGACAUCAGUGGCAGAGAGCAAAUUUGAGGAGACAGUAGAUAAUCAACAAGUUGAAGGAUCAGGAAUGACAACAACUGAAACAGACACAGAAUUUUCUGUGAAAACAGAUGAGGCUGAAACCAAUGUUGAGACUUCUACUCAGUAUACAUUGUUCCAAUCGGAAUCUACUUCAACUAUGCCUAGUAUGACUCAAAAGGAAGCUAUGGCUGUCUCUCUGGAUACUGGUAGUGGUGACAUGGAGACUACAUCUGAAGGUACUGAUUAUGAUAGUUCUGUUACUCUUGUUGAAUCUGGCCCUCCUUCACAAGCUCCAUCAAAAGAUAUAACAUCAGAAGAAACAAAACAUACAGGUACCAAAGACCUGCUAUUGGUUCCCAAUUCAACCUUCACAGAUCCCAUCACCUUAAUAAAUCAGGAAAGUUUGAGCAAAGGAACAUUUACAGAAGACGGUGGUUCAGGGGAUGAAAAUCUCAUUGGUACAACUAGUGGACUGCAGACAUCUGUAAGUGUCAAUGUGGAAGCAACAAUACAAAGUCCCACAUCCACUGAAGCUGUAGCAGGAAUUCAGUUGUCCCACAGUACAACAAAGUUGACUGAGAGCACAGAAGACAGUUUACAAAUUUUUACACAAGAUUUCCAAACCACUAGUUUGCCUACAGAGGGUUCAUAUACUACACUUGUGAAUAGGGUCACUCAACAAACUUCACCUGUGUCAGUGGUGGCAGACACAGAUUUGACUACUCAAGGCCUUUCUGUCAUAUACCAAGAUGGUACAGAUAAAGAGGUUACAACUGUUGCCCCAUCUAGUAGUGAGAUUAGAUCUAGCAAAAUUACCACAAGACUUCAUGAUACCAAAUCAAUUACAAGCCCUGUUAUCAUAUUCACAGAAGAGAUAAAAGAUGAAGAUGAACUUUUCUCAACAGUUACAGAUAGCAUGAGAGACCAUACUACCAACACUGAAAUUAUUACCAAAGAUGAUCUGAUCAUUGAUGCAGAUACACUUUCAGUGUUGGAACCAUCAUCACAUUUUACCUCCACAAUCUUUACAGAAGAAGCAGCUGGAAUAACAGCUGUCACCAUGACACCUCAAUCCUCUAGUAUAUUGAUGACAGAAGCAGAAGGUUCUGGGACAGACAGUCCUGUGUUACCAUCCUCAGAUUUACACCUGCCUACUCAACUAUGGUUGGAAGGCACAACCUCUAAAGGCAUUGAUUUAAGCAGCACAGUAAAAGCAGUGGAAAGAAAAACAAAACCAACAAUCCCUAUAGGUAUGCAUGAUGAAAGAUUUACUGCUCAAACCAUGGCUCCUUCAAAGAUGACUCCACACUUAUCAGUGGUCACACAUUCUGCUCAAACAGCUCUGUAUUCCACUAGUAGUACUGAAGAUUAUGACAUCGAAAAAUCCCAUUCUAGUCAGACCACCUCUCAUAUUACCUAUAGCACAAAUCAACCUACAUUUACUACCACUGAUUUUGUUACCCCUUCCAGUCAGCAGAGUCACAUUACAUCCAGUCAUACAACCACCAGUCAACCUAAAACAAUCUUUCAUGUUUCAACAUCACAUCCUGAGUUUUCAACUACAGAGGCAAUGUCCAAAACUCUGCUUUCUAGCUUGACAUCUACAUUAACUGAUAAUUUCUCAGGAGAUGGUGUGUCUGUAGAAGGCUUUGGAAUGGAAACUUCAAUACCAGAUGUAACUAUGUCCACAGAUACAAGCUCAUCUACAACGUUAGCAGCAGAUGUUAAUUCUAUCUUAAAUGGAACUGUAUCUGCAACCUCUGGAUACAAUACAGACAAAACUACUGACUUCAACCAAUCUAUUUUAGACUCCCAAGAAAGUGGCACAGAUGAAGGCUCAGGUCUCAUAUCAGAUCUAGCAUCCAGUGGGUCAGAUAUCACUGCGCCUACAACUGCUUUUAAAACAACAACAGUAGUUUCAUAUGAUAUGACACUCCCUGCAGAACAAGGUAGACCAAGAUCGACACCCCCUUCUGUUACUGAGGCAGUAACAGCUAGUACAUUUUCAAAGAUUCCAGACAUUGUUGAUUCAGAUUUAAAUUCUGAUGAGGUGAGCAUCACAAAUCCUCUUGUAGAAGGCAAACCAGAUUUGAGUUCUGUAGGUGCAUCUGAAAUUGAACUUGACACAACUAUACAUCCAGCCUUGGAGUUUAAGAGUGCUACAAGUAAUAGAGCUACUACACAAUCUGACAUCACAGCACAAUCCACUAGCCCAUUGUUAUUAGAGGAAAGCUCUGGUGAUAUGAAUGAAAUAUCUGGUGAAAUCUCCGAGUCAACAGCUGCAUUGGUAUCACCAUCUCAUGCAACCACAAUACUCACAAUAUCAAGGUUCCACCCUGAAGCAGAGAUUGAAGUGACACUUAUAACCCAGCCUAGUAAAGAUACCUCAGUAGCAGAAGAUUUGUUGACAACAACAACAGAAAUUCCCCUGGUGCCUAUGUUCACAUCGGAUAAUCCCAAGUAUACUCAGUAUACCCAAACCACAAACCAAGGUGUGCAGUUGACUCAAGAGACACCAAUAAUGGAGUCAGACACUGAUGUGACACUGGAUGAUAAUGCCACAUCUCAACCUUCUUUAGUAGAAUCCAAACUAGAUGGGAUUGAUUCUGAGACUUUCCCAACACUCGAGAGUAAGACUCACCUUGAAAGCACUACAGAAUAUGAAAGUAAGACGGUUAGCAGCACUGAAUGGCCAAGUAUUUCAGACAAAUAUAAUUUAUCCACUGUGUCAUCGAUGGAGCACUAUACUCAAGAAACCGAAAAACAGGAGGUAACUACUGUCAUACUGCCAGCUAAUGAGACAUCACCAGCAUCAACAGUUCUGCAAACUUAUGAUUCAGUCACUGGAUCGAUAGAUGAGGAAAACUUGUCAGAGGAACAAGGGACAGUUGGUCAAACUAAGAAGACUGCAACUGCAGUUCUGGAGAGUAUGGAUUAUACCACAACAUCAUUUGAUGGAAUUCAAAUAGAUUUACACACAACAGCUUCUCCUGAAGAUAUUACAGAGGACACCGUAUUAGUUGAGGGCCCAGCCCCUACUCCUGAAGCACUGGAUGAAACAGUGAGCCCUAGACUGGACAUGGACCCAGGAUACACAGUUAUUGGAGAGACAUAUGAUAUUGCAGGUGUCCAUUCGUGUUCUGACAAUGGAUGUAUGAAUGGUGGCUCAUGUGUGAAAAGGGGUAAUGUCCAGAUUUGCAGCUGCCUACCCGGAUACACUGGUGACAAUUGUGAAAUAGAUAUUGAUGAGUGCCACCCCAACCCUUGUCGUAAUGGGGGUACCUGUGUAGAUGGCAUCAACUCUUUUACUUGUGUUUGUCUACCAAGUUACAGAGGAUCCCUCUGUGAGGAAGACACAGAAACAUGCAGUUAUGGAUGGCAUAAAUUUCAAGGUCACUGCUAUAAGUAUUUCCCUCACAGACGCUCCUGGGAUGUAGCGGAGCGCGAAUGUCGUCUUCAGGGUGGUCAUCUUACUAGUAUUCUGUCCCAAGAAGAACAGCAGUUUAUCAACCGCCUUGGCCAUGACUACCAGUGGAUCGGACUGAACGAUAAGAUGUUUGAAAGCGAUUUCCGUUGGACAGAUGGACGUAUUUUGCAAUAUGAAAAUUGGAGACCCUACCAGCCAGAUAGUUUUUUCUCUUCUGGAGAGGAUUGUGUGGUAAUGAUCUGGCAUGAGGAUGGCCAGUGGAAUGAUGUUCCCUGUAACUAUCAUCUCACCUAUACCUGCAAGAAAGGCACAGUGUCAUGCAGUCAGCCACCUGUGGUGCCGAAUGCUCGUACCUUUGGACAGAUGCGACCUAACUAUGAAAUCAACUCGCUAGUGAGAUACCAGUGUAUGGAUGGCUUUAUCCAGAGGCACCUUCCUACCAUCCGGUGCAAAGUAGACGGCUCCUGGGACCUGCCCCAAAUUUCUUGCAUGACUCCUUCCAACUUCCAGAGAAGAUACAGCCGGAGGUAUCAACCUAACAGAGUUUAUGGCAGUCAUCGGAAAAGGUCUGCAGAGGAGCCUGCCAGUUCCCCCCAGAAACAUCAUCACCAUGCCUUCAAGAACAACAGAACAAAAUAACAGGCCUGUCCACUAUGAUACUAUAGUCUCAGUGACUGAUUUCUUUUUUUAACAACACUCGAGGGACAGGUGACGUAAACGUAGAUAAAUGUGUGGAAAUAGGAAAUGGACAAAAAUGGAAAAAAGACAAGCAUCUUGAGUUCUAGAUACUGGAAUCAACACCGUGCCUUUUCAGUAUUGUUGGGAAAGUUUCUCAAGUAUUUUCAGUUGGCCACUGAAAAGAAAGGACUGUUGCUGUUUCUGCUGGAUGACUGACUAAACCUUGCUAGUCAAUUUAUAUGUUAGUGAAUCUGUGUUUGUCUUUUUCUUGAGAUCACAAAAUGCCUUCUUUGCUCUGUAUUUACUAUUGUAAUGUUGCAACGCUACAAAUGCCAGGAGACAUUAGAAAGGACUUUGAGCCAGAAAAUAUUCCAGCACUUUUACUGGAUGUUUUCAUAUGGAUGCUGUAUGAAAAAGGUAUUUCUACCAGGGAUUCCACAAAUUCCGAAGAACAAGAGCUAUGAAAAAAAGCACAACAAGAGACACAUCCAAAAGACUGAAGGAGGAAAAGAGUCAAAGACAAUCCAAUAAGUGCUCAGUAUUCUGUACAUAACAUGACAGAGACAGGAAAAGGUGGAGUGAGCUUUGAUAACUGAUCCAAAAGGGUUUUUUUAUAUAAUCACUCACCCAAAGAACAAUUAGGUGCCUAGAUCAAAUAGCAACAGAACCAUCAGUGUGAAAUGAUCUCAUGUAAACCAUUGGGUCUUCAUAUACUUGCAGCAGAUACGUUUCAUUUAUUCUCUAAAUUCUCCAUAUCUCAUCCAUAAUUUCAGCUUUCAUUUUGUCGUUGGUAAAUGUCAAACUACUUUUAAGAGAAUGUACUUUGUGAAUUGCUCAAAAAGACUUGAACCACAUGCUUUUUAACAGCAUGCAGGUCAUUUAUUUUCCAAGCUGCUCCUAAUCUUCUCGUGGUUGUAGCUUAUAUGCAACACACUGGAGAUGUAAUAUGACCUACGUGCAUAAAUGGAUUAUUUUAGAGCCCAGCAAAUCCAUGUGGUGUCACUUGUGAUUGUUAAGGAUGUUUUCUAUUUAAACACAGAGGUUAGAAAGUGUUAUGACAUUUGGGGUGUUUCACUGGGCCAAAAAAAAAAAAAAAAAAAAUUUUACAUGGAAUGUCUCAAAACAUAUUAACAGUAAUUGUCAUCCUUUUGUUCAUCCCAAGCAUUGUUUUUUUUUUUUUUUAAGCAUUUUGGUUGUUUUGUCAGUUGUGUUUUAUCCAAAAGUGCACAUAUCUUUUUAUAUAUUUAAAGUAUAACAUGUUUAUUGUAUAAUGUGAAUGUCUGGGUUGUGUGUGGAAAAAACAAUUUGCAAGCAAUGUUACUUUUUAUACUUGCAACAUGUCACCAAAGAGACAAGGUUUUUCCAUUCUAGUCGGGUCUUUCUGUGUCAUAAUAUUAUUGUGAUAAAAAGCCUAAUGAAUAUAUUAAUUAU